CUCAUGUGACAAAGAGAAUGUAUAUAUUAUAUGAUGUAGGCACACCGUAAUGGGUAAGUCAGCUCAAUCAAAUCGAAAGUGGAAAGUGGAAAGUAGCGAGAAGCUACCAUAACUGCAUCUCUUUCAAAAUAUUCAUCCUCCAAUUGCCUAAUUCAUCUUCAAGCUGUAAUGGAACUCAUUUCAAUCCAACCCAAACUCCAUGUUACAUUCACCAACAAAUCCAUCGUCAAACCCACUAACAAUCCCUUCUCGGAAUCGGAAUCCGACUCGCCCAUUUUGCAUCUCUCAAAUCUCGAUCUCCUCUCCGGCCGUUUUCCUAUCACAUAUUUUUACUUCUAUCGCCGUCCCACGACCAACUCCUCCACCGGCAUCAUCGACGCUCUCAAAAUUUCCCUCGCAAAAACCUUAAAUCAUUACUAUCCAUUUGCAGGUAAAAUUGUCCAAAAUCCAACAACGAACGAACCUGAAAUCAUUUGCAAUAACUUCGGUGCUUUGGUAGUAGAAGCAAAGGCUAAUCUUCCAUUAAACGCCUUGAAUUUUCAUGAUCUCAACGAAUUACUCCAGGAAAAACUCGUCACUGUAAAUCCAGACUUCCCUCUCCAAAUUCAAAUCACGAGUUACACUUGCGGCGGAAUUUCAAUUACAUUCACAUUCGAUCAUGCGCUUGGUGACGCAACUGCAUUUGGAAAAUUCCUCCUCGCAUGGUCAGAAAUCUCUAGAGGAAAACAAAUUUCCACCAUACCAGAUCAUCGGAGAAGCAUUCUCCCUCGUUCUCCGCCGACUUACCAUCCAGAUUUGAACAAUACGAUGGUGAAAUGCACCAUGGAAGACAUAAACAAUAUUCCGACAUUGAAGAAGCUAAUCAAGAGACUCUAUUACAUCGAUCAAACGAGCAUCGAUCAACUGCAGAAGCUUGGGAGUUCGAACGGAGUUAAGAGGACGAAAAUCGAAGCGUUCUCUGCAUAUGUGUGGAAAAAAAUGGUUUCCGCCAUGGGAACAGAGCAUACGAAGUGUAAAAUGGGAUGGUUAGUCGAUGGGAGAAGUCGAUUAGGAGGAGAUAGGAACUACAUGUCGGAUUACAUAGGGAACGUCUUGUCGGUUGUGUUUGGAGAGGCAAGUAUUGAAGAAUUGAAAUGUAGUUCCAUAGCGGAGAUUGCUGACGUGGUUCAUGAGGCGAUUUCUAAGGCGACGAACAAGGCCCAUUUCUUAGACUUGGUUGAUUGGAUCGAGUGUCAUAGGCCUGGGCUUAUGAUGUCGAGGAUUGUAUUGGGGCUUGGUGGGCCGGGCCUUGUAGUGUCAUCGGGACAAAGGUUUCCAGUUUCGGAAUUAGACUUUGGAUUUGGAGGGCCAGUGCUUGGAACUGUGGGGUCGACUAUAGAGAGAAUUGGGGUUAGCUAUAUGAACCAAAGGCCGAGUGCUAAAGGGGAUGGAUCGUGGACUGUGUCUGCCAUCUUGGAGCCUGAAUUGGCUGCUACUUUGGAGUUGGAUUCUGUGUUUCAACCCAUGACAACGACUCUCCUUCAACUUUAAGUACCUUAUAUGAAUUUUAGAAAAAUGUUGAUGAAAGUAUUUUGUUGAGAGUAUGUUGUGUUUAAUAUUUGCUAUGUUGAUAAGUCAAAACUAAGAUGAGCCAAGACAUGAAAAAAUGGGUUUAAAGGGAAAUACCAUGGGAAGAGGAAAUAUUCUCAUACAAAAUUUGAAAUUAUGUUUAGAAACAA